GGAGGAGGAGAAGACGGGAGAAUACAGAGGCAACAUGUUGGGAACCCAAUUUUGGGACCGUUUUAUCCGGCAGAUCAAGAGAAACCCCGGACUUAUCCCGCUAAUCAGCUUCAUUGGCCUGGGGAUGGGCAGCGCUGCGCUUUACCUGCUUAGACUCGCCUUGCGCAGCCCCGACGUCAGCUGGGACAGAAAAAAUAACCCAGAACCUUGGAAUCGCCUGAGCCCCAAUGACCAGUACAAGUUCCUCGCAGUUUCCAUGGACUACAAGAAACUGAAGAAAGACCGGCCGGACUUCUGAAGUGGGGGGCCUCUAGGAGGG